AUGAUAGGGAGUGGAGUCGGCAUCAAGCCCCUUGAAGUUCAUCACACUGGCGUAACGAUUGGAUGGGGAGCAGGCAGCAGAUCCCUUGAAUGCUACAACAAGAGCACUCCUACCGAAAUCAAUGUACCCGGUUUCGAUAACGGAAAACGUCUUCGUGUUGUGAUUGUACCAACUACUGGAGGCGAUCGAUUUAAUGCGAUCCUGAUAUCGGUGACGGUUCCACUUCAGAUCAAUUUCCGCACUCCAUCGGACAUUGCACUGCACUUCAACCCACGAUUCGAUGUAAGUACCAGAAGAAAGUCCACAGUAGAAGCUACUUUUGUUCUACCAGCUAGAAAAUAG